UUCCAGGUGCAAGAGAUCUUCGGUCCCUACCACAGAGUGUAUUUUUGAGCUUCCUCACUUUACUGUCCAGGCAACAAGGGCCCAGACGCUUUUGCUCCAAGCGAUCUGUCAGAGCUGGACCCACAGCAUGGUCAAUGGAUCCCCGGUGACCCUCAGCGAAAGCCUGCUCCGUGAGGUGUACAGAGGCCCAGGUGUGAAGUCUCCGGGCCCGUCACCGACUCUCGAGGGCUCGGUCCAAAACCUGGAGCUGAAGUUCUGCAGCCGUGCGACGGUGAAAUGCGCCUCGGGAACCGUGGGAGCUGUAAAAGUGUGCGCCAGGACCCCAGGUUCAGGAGAGGGGGUUAAGGAAAAGCUGGUUCCUCUGGUUCAGGGCCCGUCUGACACCAAAGAACUCCAUAUGAGCCGCUGGCUGAAUGAGAUCCGCAAGCCUGAAUCUUUGUUGGCUCCUGACCUUCUGGUGUUUUCUGUCCAAGUCCCACAGCAAGGAGGCGAUUGCAGGAACUCAGGUGCAGUCCUGCUGGUCAGUGUCCAGGGCAUAUCUGUAAAUGUGGACCCAGUUUUCUGCACAUGGCUGUUGUACCAACCUCACAGAGGGAGCAGCAUGCAGCAGGCUCCAGGUUUAGUUCCUUUGGCCAAGAGGAGAGAGGAUGAGGUGACGUUGGGGAGUGUGUCCCCCCCCGAACUACCCCCCAACCAGGCCUCUGACUACGCCAGCAGCCCUGUCAAAACUAAAACAGUGACAGGACAGGUGAAAGACAAAUAUGGCUACUGA